UUGGUGAAAAUGAUUGGGCUGAGUUUGUAAAUCAAAGAGAUGAAGCUUUUCGGAAAAGGAGUGCCACGAAUAGUGCGAGAGCAUCCAAACCCGCGUAUCCAUACAAAAAAGGGCGUAUGGGAUAUGCACGCUUGGAGGAUAAACUUUUAGAGGAGACUAAAAGUGAGGAAACCUCACUUCCUGUACAUGUGUUGUGGAGGGAAGCUCGUGUGGGCAAGAAUCAAGCUGUCGAUCCCGAAGUUCAGAGAGUUUUUACUGAAUGUGAGACCUUGUCGCAAUCGGCAUCCACAGGUGAGGGGAGCGUACUUAGUAGAGCACUAGAUGCUCCUGAGUAUCCCGGUCGGGUGAGGGGUAAGGGUCAUGGUGUGACUCCAACCUCUUUUUACAAGAGUCCUAGGAGCAGAAAUCCUUCAAAUGAAGAAGUGUUGCAAAAGUUGGCGGAAUUGCAAGCACAAGUCUCUGAAUUGCAAAGAGAUAAAGAGGCGUAUAUGAGAGAAAAGUGCAACACUUCAUCGGUGAAAGAAACUAGUGAUAAGGCUAGUAUCAACUAUCAAAGGAAAUUUCCCGAGGUAAUUAUAAUUUUUUUCCUUUUAAAUUGUUCUAUUUUAUUAAUGAUAAUGACUUUAUAUUUACUAUUGGUUUAGGGCAUUUCAUCUUGCCAACUAUACUUAUCGGAACCGAGUUAUCGACUAGUUGGCAAGGGAAAAGUGCACAACACUUUGGGAGAUUUACUUCACCAUAGACCGC